ACUGAGCCGCUGCUGCCUGCUUUAGCCAUCGCUCACACUUUUCUCACAGCUGAGGAAAACUACAGCCUGCCAAGAUGUGCAAAGGAUUAGCAGCGCUGCCCCACACGUGCCUGGAGAGGGCCAAGGAGAUCAAGACCAAGCUGGGCACACUGCUCCAGAAGCCUGACUCAGCCAUUGACUUCAUCAUCCCCUACCCGGAGAAGCCGGAGAAGGUGCCCAAGGCCCAGAAGCCAUCACCAGAGGAGGCUCUGCAGUGGCGUGAUUCCCUGGAGAAGCUCCUGCAAAAUCCCUAUGGGCUUGCCAGCUUCCGCAGCUUCCUGCGCUCAGAGUUCAGUGAAGAAAAUGCUGAGUUUUGGGUUGCCUGUGAGGACUACAAGAAAACCAAGUCCCCCAUGAAGAUGGAGGAAAAGGCCAAGAAGAUCUAUGAGGAGUUCAUCCAGACUGAGGCACCCAAAGAGGUCAACAUCGACCACUUCACCAAGGCUGUGACCAUGAAGAACCUGGUGGAGCCAUCACCAAGCAGCUUUGACAUGGCCCAGAAGAGAAUCUUUGCCCUGAUGGAGAAAGACUCCCUGCCCAGAUUUCUGCGGUCGGAGAUUUAUCAGGAAUUAAUCAAGUAGCAACGUGGCAGGGCUGUGCCAGGCAUUCCCACUGCUUCUGUCUGAACACCUGCCCCUUCUCCUGCAGCUGCUUAGCUUUCUUGAUACCACUCUAGAAGAGCACUCAGGGGCGUUGCUAAACAUUUCCCUUGUGCUUUGGACUGUCAGAUGUCCUAACAUUUCCCCUCUUACAGUCUCUUUCCUCUCCCACAAAAGACCAAGUAGCAGAAACCCCUGGUGAUCCUCCCUGGGUUUGGGACCCAGAAGGGCGGUGGAGCAGCCCCAGCCUUGCAGUGACUGGGAGUCACCUGGGCAGCCCGAGUGUCCCUGGUGCUGCAGGGCCUGGUUUUAGUUGGAAGCUCCAAGGUGCUGGCUCUGUCUUCUUAGGAAUUCUUAGGACAUGACAACUUUUCUCCCAGUUUUUCCUAUAUUGCUGGCUUGUCCCAGGCUCGCUCCCUCCUCCCAGCUUCCCAGGGUGUUGCUGAGGCUGCACAGGGCGCCCUGCGUGUGCUCCCCUCCCUGGCAGGGUCUGGCGCACCAGCAGCCCCGUUGUGUAGGGUGGGGCACGUCCACUGCGUGACUGGUAUCACCUUUUCUUCAGAAAGCAGCCGAUCAGCAGGCACAGAGUGGCUGUAUGGCAGGGACAGCGGUAUGGCAGGGACGGCUGUACGGCAGAGCUGGGAGCUGCACGGCCAUGUGCCGCAGGGUGCACCUGGCUGGCACGAGGGAUGGACAGAGCGAGCCUGCGGCACCACUUCCCCAGUGACUCCACUUGCAGUCAGCUGUGAGACAACCUGUUUGCUUCACCCUAGAGACAGUAAAGAGGAUAAAAUGAGAUCUGUUUGCUCAAAACACCGGGACUGUUUAGCAACCCAGACCUCCCGCUCGCUCCAACCACUUGCAUGGCGUAUUGAGCUCACAGUCUGCAGCCCAUGGCCGUGUCCCCAGUGCCUACGUGCAGCCCUCAGCCCUGGUGUGCUUGGAUUGCAGCUUCAGGGGUUGCUGCAGUGGUUUCUUGUUCCAGAUGCUUCUCUCUGCAGUAGGCAUGCCAAAGUGAUACUUCUGCACAAACCCAGCUGAGGGGCAUCGAUUAGAGGAGGGAGGAAAAUCAUGUUUGGGGAAAAAAAGCUGCAAUUGCAACCAUUCAGGUCCAGUUAAAAAAAAAACCAAAACAACAAAAAACCCAAACAAACCAAAAACAAAAACAAAAAACCAAACCCAAACCAUCAUUGGAAAUAUGAAAAAUAAACCCCUGGCUUCUUGAACAGACAACAAACUCUGCGGAGUUUGUGUAGCCUGCAUGUCUCCUGUCUCCUCCCAUCUGCCCAGGGCAUGUUUCCAUAAGGCUGUCUCCUAAAAAGACCAGCUCUGUUCCACUGAUUCAAAGCCAGCCCACUGUUCGCUACCAGAAGAAAUCACAUCUGAGGAUGGGCAAGGGCAUAUGUGAAAGGCAGCUGGGGUCUCAUUUCAGCCUCGAGGUGAAUGCGAUGAAUGCCUCGCUCCAUGGGGCCUGGACGUUUCAUCCCUGUGAUGGUUUCCUGGUGCAGCAUCCGCAGGGCUGUGGCUUGCACCGAGCACGCUGCAGGGAUUGAGCUGGCCAGCCAGCAACCUGACAGAUAUCGGCAAAAUCACAACCAACAAUGCUCCCAGCAGGCAGCAAUUGGACUGGCCACCCCUGGCUGCUCAACCUCAACUGCAAGUCAUGAGACUCCAUCUGAAAUGCAAUAACAUAAACAUCAUGUUUGCCAGACUCUUCAAGACUUUCAAAAUCUGAUCAAAACCCCACCAGCCCCAAAUAUUUACAUGUUGUCACUAUGGGGAUGAAGAAAAAUACAUCCCAAGCUGCAGGAAGUGGGCUGCUUUUCCAGGCAGGGAUGGCAAGGCAGGGGAAGGAUGGAGGCUGUCACAACUGUGACUUUUUUUCCCCUCUGGAGCAAAUGGCCUGGGAAAGCCGGUGCUGGAGUGGUAAUGGGUGAUGCUCACUGGGCAUUCCCCUAGGGUGGGCAUGGGGGGCAGCUUGGGUGGCCCCAAAGAGCUCAAGGGAGCCCACGAGCGGGAGAAGGGUCCCGUCAAAGUGGCAUAGGGUUCCCUGGCAGCAUCUGCUGCCCAGAGCUGGUGGGUGACAAGGGGGAGGCAGGAGCAGGGCUGGGUGUGGGAUGUGGGGCUUGGCCAGCCCUUCUGCUGCAGGGUGCUCCCACUGCCUCUGCCCCCUGCGCAAACUGCACCCUCCCAACCAUGAACUGGUGUCAAGACAAACAGGUUCAGCAUGUUCAAGCUCCCUAUUCAUGGCAUGACUCAUAGAAAUGCAAAACCAAACAGGCUUCCCUUCAGAAAGACACAGAUCUUUCAUUUUUUACUUAAUCAUUUGGCAGCUAUUUCCAGAUACCCUCACAAGUUUCACAGUUAAACGCUAACACUGGGGUGCUGCCGGAGGCCGGCUUGCUGCACACCAUCAAAACCUGAGAUGUCACUAGCUGCAACAGGGAGAAGGUGUCUGGGUAUGCACGUGCUAAAAAGAAAGGUGGGGGCUGGAUUCAGGAGAGGUGAAACAGUUGUACUGGAAAUCCUUCCCCAGCUUGAUUUCUGGCCAAGAUACUGGAAGCCUACUUUAGGGAGUGAUCGAACUGAUGUCAGUGAGUUACUGGGUGGCCAUCACAUGUGGCCCCUGAAGCGUUCAGAACUCUUGAGAAGUUGUGUUUGUGUAGAAGGAUCGUUUGGUUUAUUACUUGGGCAGGCUCACCCCAGAAAGGCAGCAAUGCCUGUACCCACCCCACGGCCAAGCUUUCCACAAGCCCAGAGGUAUUUACUGUCAGGCUGAUACCAACCAUUAUAUUUCUGGUAGAAAAUAAUUCCUGUAGUUUAUUACUCUUGCUCUCAAGAAAUGUGGCAUAUGUAUGAGCACCAUACACACAACACUGUACAUCUAUAUCCGUAUAGACAUAUACAAGUGUACACACACAUAUAUACAUACUCCUAACACAUGCAUCUGGAUCCCCAGUGAGUAAGAGAGCCAAAAAACCAGAGUUUCUGGAUAUUGUGCUUGGGGUCUGUCGCAGAGAUGAGCAUGUGUGGGUUUAGCAUGGUCCCAGACUCCGUUGAGGGAAACCUGAGUCAUCCACCUGAGUGAACAUUAAGGUGCCUCUUCCAAAAUAGCCUCUGAAAUCACCCUGUGCCCGUGGCCGCUGGGUGCCCGCAGCCCUGGUGCCUGAGCUGGUGCAGGAAGCAGGUCUCAUGCUCCUCGAGGGACCCCAAUCCCUGCCGUGGGGCAAGGCAACCCCAUGCUGCAGCCAGGGGCCCUCAGGCAUCAGGUGCUGCCUCCGUGCCUCCCUGGCACCGGCUCCUCACCACAGGGACAUGCGGAGGAGGGCUCCCUGCAGCUGCAUCCCCAGAUUAACUCCAGGGGAUUGCUUGCCGUGUGUUUUCAGGUUAAUUCAGUGACCAAGACCAUCGCACUUCACUGGCUAUGGUGUGAACCACCCAGCUCUCCCACAACGUGCUGAGGCAAGGCUCUGCCUGUGCUGCCUGGCCCCAACCCUGGGGACUGCUGAAGCCUCCGAGGCAGCAGCAGGAGCUGCCUGCUGCCCAUGGGGGGCUGAGGGUGUCCUAGGGCUCGCCCAGGCUCUCCCCAGUCCUCGGUCACUCUCUGGAGGGUGCCAAGUGCUGUGGCCAAGAGCUGGCCUAAGGUCAGGAGUGAGGAUCAGCCCCUCACCCCCACCGGCAGCAGGUUUUCAGUCUGACAUUCUCUGCGUGAUUGCCAUUAGAGAUUUUCAGGUAGGGAAGAUGCGGGGCGCUGGUGUGCACUGAGGAACUGGUUGUGUUAACCCAUAUUCUUGUACCACUCAGUAAUUGACACAUAAACAUGUAUUUCUGCUU